UUGCAUGCGGCAGCGUUCGGGAAACAAAAAUAAAAAAAUUGGACUAGCGCAUUGUUGCAAAGAGUUAUGGGAUAUUAGAUUUCCGUUUUCUUAUUCAUCUGCAAUCUAGCUUUCAGGGGGGGGAGUACCAGACCGUAGUAGAAUAAUAUCCAUAUAGGGUCGUCAAGCGAUUUUGUAAUACAUUGUAAUCUUUUUAUAUCGUCUUCUACUACCCUGUGUGGUACUAUACUGUAUGUCAUCAGGGUGAGUGUGCAUAGUGGAACGCACACAAUGUCGUACAGGAACUUGCAGAUUUGCCGGAAAUUGCAAUGCCCUUGUGCAUAGAGAGGAUACAACAGAAGAACGUUGGAUCGCAGAGGGAGUUGUAGAAGAUCAACAAGGACGACUCAGUAGCUCAUCAACCAAACAUUACGCGUUGAUAGUAGCAACUAGCAACAUUGAAGAAUGUCGACUAAAGAACGGGGCCUGGUUUAUCUCGUCACCGGGGGCUGUGGGUUCCUCGGACAACACCUGUUACAGAUCCUUUUGGAGAAAGAGGAUGCGGUAACCGAAAUUCGACUUUUUGGCAAACACAUCGACGCAAGUUUAAAUGGCCACAGCACAGAGCGAGUAAAGGUGGUGGUGACGCAGGGGGACAUCACAGAUUACUCCAGUGUCCUGGAGGUGUCCAAGGGGGCAGACCUGGUCAUCCACACGGCCAGCCUGGUGGAUGUCUGGCACAGAGUCCCUGAGACAGUCAUCCAGGCUGUGAAUGUUCAAGGAACUGUGAAUGUGAUCAAUGCCUGUGUGGAGAAUGGUAUUCAGUAUCUGGUCUACACCAGCAGCAUGGAGGUGGUCGGCCCCAAUGUGAAAGGAGACCCCUUUAUCAGAGGUGAUGAAGACACCGUCUACAAUGUUUAUCAUGAUAUGCCCUACCCCAGGAGCAAGGCCAAGGCAGAGAAACUGGUGCUGGAGGCCAACGGCAAUAAGGUGAAUGAAGGGGCCUGCUUGUACACAUGCUCCCUCCGUCCCACAGGGAUCUAUGGUGAGCAGCACCAGCUGAUGAGGGACUUCUAUCAGAUGGGUGUGAGGACAGGGGGCUGGAUCAUUCGAGGCGUCCCAAAGGACACGGAACAUGGUCGUGUCUAUGCAGGUAACGUGGCUUGGAUGCAUCUGCUGGCUGCUCGCUCCCUGAGAGAGCACCCCCAACGGGUUGGAGGGGAAGUUUACUUCUGCUAUGACGACUCACCCUACAAGAGUUAUGAGGAUUUCAACAUGCAGUUCCUGUCUGGGUUCAACUUCCGCCAGGUCCGUGUGCCGCUAUUGGUGCUGUGGUUGGUGGCGUGCCUGAAUGACCUGCUCCGCUGGGUGCUGAAGCCUGUGUGCAGCUACACACCAUUACUCAAUCGCUACACACUCGCUGUGGCCAGCACCUCCUUCACAGUGGGUUCAGACAAGGCCCAGCGCCACUUCCAGUACCGCCCCCUCUAUGACUGGGAACAGUGCAAGGCCCGCACACAGAGAUGGGUGGACACCUUUCCCUUCGCAGGCCCCAAGGACUCCUGAUCUGGGCUGAUCUGCUGGUCUGGCGGAACCUUGUCUGGGCUAAACCGAUGCACCACACAUCAUAACCCUGGAUGGAUGGAGGAGUGAGAGGACUUUCUCAGAUUUAUAUUCUCACUAUGUUUGCUCCAUCAUAAGCAUUAUUAUCAUUACACGUAUGCAAACAAACUCUUGACCCCUGAACUCUUAAACCCUGAACUAUGACCUCCUGCACGUGUUCUUCAAAAAUGGUUAUGUCCUCCUACCUGUCACUACUUGUGGCUAGCCUGUAGCUCCUCAGGCAAAAUGAUGACAAGCCAUGUUCCACACUGAAAUGGGUCACUUAUCCAUCCCAUGAUCUUCUGAUUCACAUGAGACGCUUCCCAGCCCUAAAUAAGAGACAAUAUAAAAAGUUUGGGCUUUAUCGAACAUUGCGAUAUUCAUCUUCUUAAAAAAGGGGUAGAUAUGUGAUUGUAGUUAUAAAAGGGUGUAGGUAUGUGAUCUAGGAAAGCUGCUCAUGAAUUGUUUUGAGUCUAUUUCCAACAAUACACAGUGCAAUACAUUGCUAUACAUAUUUUGCAAUACAUACAUGAAAAUGCAAUACCUUUCCACAAGACAUCAUCACUACAUAGACUUAAUCUGUUUUUGUUGAAGAGCACUAGUGCAGAAAAUAAGUAUUUACAUCUUAAACAUGCAUUAAUGCACACAGAGAAUAUUGUCUGAUUAUGUGAUUUUAGACUUUUAUGAAUCACCUGCUAUACAUUAAGGUGAUUUUAUAAUCGGAAUGCACUGCCAAUUUAAAAACAAUAAUAAUAAAAAAAAUCAUUAAAGAUAACAUUUCCCAGUGCAUUCAGAUUUAAACUUCAGACAAAGGUUAAUUUUAUAUUUCAUGCCUAUUGAUUAUUAUUAUAAUUUUAGAUUAGCAAUAUAUGCAUUAUAAUGUUUAAUACUGUUCCACAGUUCUUUUCUAGCCUCUGCCUCUUAUACAGAACGGUCUGAAAGAUGUGUGAGCCAUUGCAGUCAAAACAGGGUGUCUGUGAGAAAGCGCCUCAAAGCUAAAAGAGAUACAUAGACACAGACCCCUGCAGGGGAGUAAAUAGAUAAGAGACAAGUCAGACAUAUGUGAAUGGAAAAUUACUGCUGAGCCCUUAGAAAACACUGGAACUAUUGUUUUCUCCUGCAAGUUUGCAUAACUGUAUAUGCAUGGACUUGGUCUCAUGACUAGAAGGUGUUGACUUAGGCAGUUACACCACUAGUGGUUGACUGCAAGUAUAUUACAGCAACUUUGACCUUUUUUAUUUUGCAGAACUUACUCUGAAACAUACGUGCUGUGUUUCCGUUGUCAACUUCUGUCUGCAAUUGCAUUAAUAAAGGUUUGAUUGAUUUACUUACCAAUAAGCCGAUGAUUGACAAGGAACCUACCCCGACGCCUGCUUCCAAGUAUUCUUACUACUUAGAAAGACGUAAUAUUGUAGGGAUUCCCUCAUGCCCCUUUUCAUGACGGUGCUAGCAGCCACUUGAGUGAGACCAACAGCACAAACUAACGGAAUAUACAGCUACAAGUAAUCAGGGGAGUUAAAGACUAUACUAUACUGAACAAAAAUAUUUUAAAAAAUGCAAAAAUGUUGCUAAGUAACAGUUCAUUUAAGGAAAUCAAUCAAUCAAUUGAAAUAAAUAAAUUAGGCCCUAAUCUAUGGAUUUCACAUGACUUGGAAUACAGAUAUGCAUCUUGGUCACAGAUAUUUUACCAAAAAAGGCAGGGGCGUGAAUCAGAAAACCAGUCAGUAUCUGGUGUGACCACCAUUUGGCUCAUGCAACACAACACAUCUCCUUCGCAUAGAAUUUAUCAGGCUGUUGAUUGUGGCCUGUGGAAUGUUGUCCCACUCCUCUUCAAUGGCUUUGCAAAGUUGCUGGAUAUUGGCAGGAACUGGAGCACGCUGUCGUGCAAGUCGAUUCAGAGCAUCCCAACAUGCUCAAUGGGUGACAUGUCUGGUGAGUAUGCAGGCCUUGGAAGAACUGAGACAGUUUCCGUUUCCAGGAAUUGUAUACCGGCCUGGGGCCGUGCAUUAUCAUACUGAAACAGAAGGUGAUGGCGGCGGAUGAAUGGCACAACAAUGGGCCUCUGGAUCUCGUCACGGUAUCUCUGUGCAUUCAAAUUGCCAUCGAUAAAAUGCAAUUGUGUUCAUUGUCCAUAGCUUAUGCAUGCCCAUACCAUAACCCCACUGCCACCAUGGUGCACUCUGUUCACAACCUUGACAUCAGCAAACCGCUCGCCCAAUUUUUAUAUGGAUUGUUAAAGAGUUCCAUUCAGCUAUGGCUCUAUAUAAAACUGUAGAUUUAAGGCGAUUUGUCCUUGGCUUGGGUUGUCUUAGCUGCCCUGAAUUUGCCUGUCUGGUUUGGUGGUUUUGCAUGUUGCUAGUAUGUACCAACUGGCUUGAUAAAUACUGUGGUUUUUUGAAAAAUAUAAUAUUCCUAAAGAAGAUCAGAAGACUGAAUAGUAAUUUGUUUUUAAUGUGAAGCCAUGAGAGAUGCUGAUGCAUUUGGAUAAUAUUCAUACAGAUAGAGCAAUGAAGAGCUCAUCUGGCAGCCCUGUUUUGAACGAUUUGGAGAUUUUCAAUAUCUUUCUUUGCUGCAGAUGACCAGAAACUGGACAGUACUCUAAGUGUGAUAGGAUCAGGGAUUGAAUCACCUGAUUCAGAGUGCUAGAUGUUACAUACUCUGAACAUUUUCUUGUAACAGCAAUUCCCUUACCCAUCUUAAUAACAAUAUUAUCUAUGUGUUCUGACCAUGAUAAAGCUGCUUCCAACAUGA